GUCUCACAGUGUGGUGUAAAAAGUUCACUAAACAAACAAUAAUAAUGAUCUCAAAAGCCACCUGCCUCGCCCUCGUCUUUGCCGUGGCUGCGGCGCGGCCUCAGGGCGGCCACGAGCACGGGCACGCGUACUCGUCGCAGAGCAUCGUGCUGCACCAGAGCCACGGCCACGAGGCGCAGAGCCACGGCCACCAGGUGCAGAGCCACGGCCACCAGGAACAGAGCCACGGCCACCAGGCACAGCAGAGCCACGGCCACGAGGAGCACCACACUGACUACUACGCGGAGCCCCAUUACGCGUACGAGUACAAGGUGCAGGACCCGCACACGCACGACAACAAGUACCACCACGAGACCCGCAAGGGCGACCAGGUGAAGGGCGUCUACAGCCUGCACGAAGCCGACGGCACCGUGCGCAUCGUCGAGUACACCGCUGACAAACACAACGGAUUCAACGCUAUUGUGAGGCGUGAGGGUCACGCCAAGCACGUCAUCCCUGAACACCACCACCACCACUGAUUUUGUUACUUAUGAUUGUUAUAUUAGAUCACUGCCUGUUAAGUUUUGUUACUACGUUA